GUGUGGUCUCAUGAUUGCACUAAUAAGACAUCUGACUCGCUAUUCUAGGGCACGACGUUUACACCGCAUGCCGCCGGUCCGCUAGGACAUCCAGGACGUUAUCUACGCGUGUGCGACGGCGCGUCGCGUCGCGCCUGGACAGUGCACACAACCUGUCAGGGAGCACUAUGACACGUCUGACAUCGCUACUUCUGAGUGCGUUGGCCUGCUUACUACCUGUGCAUGUCAAGGCCUGGAAUUCAACCUACUACAAUCCCGUCAUUCCUGGCUUCCACCCUGAUCCCAGUUGCAUAUUUGUUCCUGAGGAGGACAACACGUUCUUCUGCGCGUCGAGCAGCUUCAAUGCGUUUCCCGGUAUCCCAAUACAUGCCAGCAAAGACUUGAUCAACUGGCGGCUCGUCAGCAAUGCUCUCAACCGUCCCGAGCAGUUGCCAACCCUUGCCAUUACGAACAAGUCCACCAGCGGGAUAUGGGGUUCCACGGUCCGCUACCGCGAAGGCACGUUCUAUGUUCUCACGACGCUCGUCUUUGACGAUCAGCCUGAAACGAACUCCUCGCGCUGGGACAACAUGUUCUUCACCUCCAGGAAUCCGUAUUCAUUCGCGUCCUGGUCGCAGCCCGUGCACUUCAACUUCACUGGAUACGACACCUCGCCGUUCUGGGACUCUGACGGCACCGUCCACGUCACGGGUUCGCACCCCUGGGAAGUUACUCCCGGAAUCACGCAGACGACACUCGACCUCGCCACGGGCGAGGUCGGCGCAAGCUACCAGUACAUCUGGAACGGCACAGGCGGUGAGGCGCCCGAGGGCCCGCACAUCUACUGGCGCGACGGGUACUACUACCUGAUGAUCGCGGAGGGCGGGACGGGCCUGAACCACAUGGAGACGAUCGCGCGGGCGCGCGAGGUGGGCGGGUUAUACGAGUCCAACCCGGCGAACCCGAUCCUGACAAACGCCAACACGAGCGAGUACUUCCAGACGGUCGGCCACGCAGACUUGUUCCAGGACGCGGAGGGGAACUGGUGGGGCGUCGCGCUGUCUACACGAUCUGGGCCCGACUACACCGUAUUUCCGAUGGGACGCGAGACGGUGCUGUACCCGGUUACGUGGGAGGAGGGCGAGUGGCCUGUGCUGCAGCCUGUGCAGGGAGAGAUGAGCGGUUGGCAUCUACCGAAGACGAACUUCGACGUGCCUGGAGAAGGGUGUGUCGCUUCAUGAAGGCAUCCGACUACUAUGGCUGACGCAGCCUAGACCGUUCGCUGACUCACCAGACUAUCUCACCUUCUCGCCUGGAUCCCUUUUGCCCAUCCAUCUUGUGCACUGGCGGCUGCCCAUCGAUACUU